AUGGCCGUGUUUUAUAUCCGCCCUUUUGUUUGGGACUUGGGGACUAGUCAAGCAGUAUAUGAUUCUGUUUGGUUACAGAAGUACGGGUACCUCCCGCCGAGUGGGCCCCGGAUGUCGGUGCUGCGCUCCGCGGAGACCAUGCAGUCCGCCUUAGCCGCCAUGCAGCAGUUCUAUGGCAUCAACAUGACCGGAAAAGUGGAUCGGAACACAAUUGACUGGAUGAAGAAGCCUCGAUGCGGUGUGCCUGACCAGACAAGAGGGAGCUCCAAAUUUAAUAUUCGCCGAAAGCGGUACGCAUUAACAGGCCAGAAGUGGCAGCACAAGCACAUCACUUACAGUAUAAAGAACGUAACUCCAAAAGUGGGAGACCCUGAAACCCGUAAAGCUAUUCGUCGUGCCUUUGACGUGUGGCAGAAUGUCACUCCUCUGACAUUUGAGGAAGUUCCCUACAGUGAAUUAGAAAAUGGCAAACGUGAUGUGGAUAUAACCAUCAUUUUUGCAUCUGGCUUUCAUGGAGACAGUUCUCCUUUUGAUGGAGAGGGAGGGUUUUUGGCACACGCCUAUUUCCCUGGACCAGGAAUUGGGGGAGAUACUCAUUUUGACUCAGAUGAGCCAUGGACACUAGGAAAUCCUAAUCAUGAUGGAAAUGACUUAUUUCUCGUGGCGGUUCACGAGCUGGGACAUGCUCUGGGGCUGGAACAUUCCAACGACCCCACGGCCAUCAUGGCCCCUUUUUACCAGUACAUGGAGACCGACAACUUCAAGCUGCCCAGUGACGACUUGCAGGGCAUCCAGAAGAUAUACGGUCCACCUGACAAGAUUCCUCCACCAACAAGACCUCUACCAACGGUGCCCCCACACCGCUCUGUUCCUCCCGCUGACCCAAGGAAAAACGACCGGCCCAAACCUCCGCGGCCUCCCACUGGCAGACCUUCCUAUCCUGGAGCCAAACCCAACAUCUGCGAUGGGAACUUUAACACUCUAGCUAUUCUUCGCCGGGAAAUGUUUGUUUUCAAGGACCAGUGGUUUUGGCGAGUCAGAAACAACAGGGUGAUGGAUGGAUACCCCAUGCAAAUUACUUACUUCUGGCGGGGCUUGCCUCCUAGCAUUGAUGCAGUUUAUGAAAACAGUGAUGGGAAUUUUGUCUUCUUUAAAGGUAACAAAUAUUGGGUGUUCAAGGACACGACUCUUCAACCUGGUUACCCUCAUGACUUGAUUACUCUUGGAAGCGGAAUUCCCCCUCAUGGUAUUGAUUCAGCCAUUUGGUGGGAGGACGUUGGGAAAACCUAUUUCUUCAAGGGGGACAGGUAUUGGAGAUAUAGUGAAGAAAUGAAGACCAUGGAUCCUGGCUAUCCCAAACCAAUCACAGUCUGGAAAGGUAUCCCUGAAUCUCCUCAGGGAGCCUUUGUUCACAAAGAAAAUGGCUUUACCUAUUUCUACAAAGGAAAGGAGUACUGGAAAUUCAACAACCAGAUACUCAAGGUAGAACCUGGAUACCCCAGAUCCAUCCUCAAGGAUUUUAUGGGCUGUGAUGGACCAGCAGACAGAGAGAAGGAAGGACACAGCCCGCCAGACGAUGUAGACAUUGUCAUCAAACUGGACCACACAGCCAGCACUGUGAAAGCCAUAGCCAUCGUCAUCCCCUGCAUCUUGGCCUUAUGCCUCCUUGUUUUGGUUUACACCGUGUUCCAGUUCAAGAGGAAAGGAACGCCCCGCCACAUACUGUACUGUAAACGCUCUAUGCAAGAGUGGGUGUGAGGGAGGGUUUUUUCCCUUUCUUUCUUUUCUAGGAGUUUGUGGUAACUUGAGAUUCAAGACAAGAGCUGUUAUGCGGUUUCCUAGCUAGGAGCAGGCUUGUGGCAGCCUGGUUCGGGCUGACCUUUCAAACCCAGAGGGUUGCUGGCCCCGCGCGUGAGUGGAAAUCACUCAUGGGGAAGCUUCCGUGAUGGACAGUAUCUGCUGGUCUUCAGUCCUUUGUCUGUCUCUGUCCUUCGGUUCUAGGCCUUUCCUCUGCACGCUCAAUGCCCAGUUCAUUUCCAGGAUUACCUAAAGAGGAAACAGAAGAAAAGGUUCUUCUUAAAGGUUUCUAAUAUUAUGUUUUGUUUUGUUUUGUUUUUCUGACGUCUGAGCCCAUUUCUGGGGGGAGAAAAGCAAAAUGGAAAACCCACGCAUUUUUGCUUCAUAGCAAGGAAAAAGAAAAGGCUAAACAAAUAAAACCCACCAUUGAACUUUCAGGAAAGUGUGAAGACCCAAAACAGCUUCGUCUCCAAAGAAGAUAGCUCUCUGACUGCUAUGGGUAGUCUCCUAUGCUUCAUUUUUGUCAGGUGGGAGACCUGGAAUACACAUGCAGGACUUUAGACUGUUGGGACGGCCAUUUUCCAACAAACAAGGGGCCAAAAUAUCUGCAAUAUAGUAACAGCCUUAAUACUACAUCCAUUUUUCAUUUUAUACAGCUGUUCUCAGCUAUGUCUUCAAUGUUUCAUCACAUUUAUAUUCACAGCUACAUUCAGAUGGGACCUUUUGAUUGUUUUGAAGUGUUUCCAAGCCCCUUCCUGCCACCUCAGCCCGACAUCAUUGUGAUAAUCUCCCCGACUUGUACUAGGCCAUUGCCCCAGGCCUUCCAUGGGUCUGUCAGGAAUAUUCAUUAUAAGGGGAACUAGAAGCAGUAUGUCCUUAAAGUGGUUUAAAGUGACAGUCGUUUUCUAAGAGUAUGUGAUGCUAGUACUAUAUUGGUGUAACCCUUUGAGAACUAUCAAAUCAGCUUUCAGAGUCUUAGGAUCUGGUAAAUUAGAGAAGUGGGCAAUGGUAAAAAACAGGCAUAGGUUCAAGGAGUUCAGGUUUUUAAAACAGAUAUCCUAUAGCCCCAUGUAAUUUUAGGUGAUUUACAGUACUACAUAAAUGCAUUUAUAACAAACAGAAAUGAUGUUACUUGCCAAACAUUUUCUGGCAAAUAAAAAGGUAUUUUAUUAAAUAUCUUGUAAGAGUGAAAUUUUAUUUGAACCACUGAUCAUAACAGCCUGUCUUUUUUGUUGUCGUUGUCGUUGUUGUUAGACACACUGAUUUUCUGUUUUAAAAUCCAUUGCAUGAAAAGUCAGUUUUGCCAGGGAACAUGCCGUUAGCAUUGCCAUCUUACGAAUGAAUUAAAAUGAUGACUCUGAGAUUGCAUGAAUAUACUCCAGUGUAUUAGCUAUUGCAUGUUAACCAUAGUUCUCAAAGGGUUAGUGUGGCUUCUGGCAUUUAGCCAUCCAUUUGAUCGCUGACAGAGCCAAGAGACCACCAAAGCAUCUCAUUGUUGAGUGUAAUUUGUCCUCACAGCAGUAUUGUCAUUUUCAUGUGACCUGCAGAGCAGGUUUGUAUCAAUAUUUUUUUCCUAGAGAAAAGUCAGCAACUGACAGACCUCUUAAUUGAUUUUUUUAGGAGCUGCUUCUUGCAGUGAAAGGCUUUACAGCCACUGGGCUGUGAACUUAUUAGAGAUGGUCAGAAGGAAUGCACCCCAUGAGUCAGACAUUGGCUUUGUGUGAAAGCCAGCUUUUGAGGGGAUUAGCUUUUGAAACAAUGAACAGCUUGCCUUGAACUUGAUUACUGAUCUGUUGACUGUCAUUAACAACUUAAACAUUAUCUUCUGUGAAAAUUUUCCUUGAAGAGUCCUGUUCUAUGUCUUUGCCCUUUGACCUUUAACUUGCAAACUGGCACAAACUGAAGGAAAUUUGGUCUUGCUUCUCCACUGGAGUGUUAAUUGACCUCUAAAAUCCUAAUAAGCAUGAGCUGUUUCCUUAGAGAGAAAAGGCGCGUUGAUGGUGGAUCCGCAGAUGGACAUGUUGCUCUUUACAUGCACACUUUAAAAAUGCCCUAAAGGUAGAAGUGACUUUUAAUUUUCCUUUAACAUAAUUUCAAGUCUAAAUUCAUCAUUUUAGUACAAAUAUAAAACUAUGGG